GGCUCCUGCCGGCCCAAGAGUGGACGGAACCGUUGAGCCUGGCAGCGGGUGCGAGAGAGCAGGCGGCCCUCGCGCUUCUUUAAAGGGAAGAUGCCGGAGUGGGUGGGCCCGCACGGCCGGCCUGAGCCGCGCUCAGGGGGGUGUAACUGAAGGACCCGUUUAAGAGCCGCUUUUAAGCGCGAUGCCGGGCGCUGGGCGAGGUCCGGCCCUAGCGCCCCAUGGCGGCCUCUCGCUGCCCUCCGCAGGAGCUGAGGCGGGCGGAGUUGGUGGAGAUCAUCGUGGAGACCGAGGCGCAGACCGGGGUCAGCGGCAUCAACGUAGCAGGCGGCGGCAAGGAGGGAAUCUUUGUCCGUGAGCUUCGGGAGGAUUCGCCCGCGGCCAGGAGCCUCAGCCUGCAGGAAGGAGACCAGCUGCUCAGCGCCCGUGUGUUCUUCGAGAACUUCAAGUACGAGGACGCGCUACGCCUGCUGCAAUGUGCCGAGCCUUACAAGGUCUCCUUCUGCCUGAAGCGCACUGUGCCCACUGGGGACCUGGCGCUGCGGCCUGGCACCGUGGCUGGCUACGAGAUCAAGGGCCCACGGGCCAAGGUGGCCAAGCUGAACAUCCAGAGUCUGUCCCCUGUGAAGAAGAAGAAGAUGGUGGUGCCCGGGGCCCUGGGGGCCCCUGCAGACCUGGCCCCUGUUGACGUCGAAUUCUCCUUUCCCAAGUUCUCCCGUCUGCGUCGGGGCCUCAAAGCCGAGGCUGCCAAGGGUCCCGUCCCAGCUGCCCCAACCCGCCGGCGCCUCCAGCUGCCUCGGCUGCGCGUCCGAGAAGUGGCGGAAGAGGCCCAGGCGGCCCGGCAGGCCGUUGCUGUUCCUUCCCCAAGGAAAGCCAAAGUGGAGGCCGAGGUGGCAGCAGGAGCCCGUUUCACAGCCCCCCAGGUGGAGCUGGUUGGGCCCCGGCUGCCAGGUGCCGAGGUGGGUGUCCCCCAGGUCUCCGCCCCCAAGGGGCUGGGAGAGGUGGCCCUCCACCUGCCAACCCGUGGACUAGGAGCCCCCGCUGCACCUGCUGUGGAGCCCGCGGCCCUAGGGAUCCAGGUCCCCCAAGUGGAGCUGCCCACCUUGCCCUCGCUACCCACUCUGCCCACACUUCCCUGCCUGGAGACCCGGGAAGGGGCUGCGGCAGUGACGGUGCCCACCCUGGAUGUGGUGGCGCCUGUCGUAGGGGUGGACCUGGCCUUGCCGGGUGUGGGGGUGGAGGCCCGAGGAGAGGCACCUGAGGUGGCCCUGAAGAUGCCCCGCCUCAGUUUCCCCCGCUUUGGGGCUCGAGCAAAGGAAGUCGCUGAGGCCAAGGUGGCCAAGGGCAGCCCUGAGGCCAGGGUGAAGGGGCCUAGACUUCGGAUGCCCACCUUCGGGCUUUCGCUCCUGGAACCCCGGUCAGCUGUCGCCGAAGCUGCUGUUGAGAGCAAGCUAAAGCUGCCCACCAUCAAGAUGCCCUUUGGCCUUGGGGUCUCGGCCCCUGAGGUCAAGAUGCCCAAGGGGCCUGAGGUGAAGCUCCCGAAGGCUCCUGAGGUGAAGCUCCCGAAGGUGCCGGAGGCAGCCCUUCUGGACGUGCAACUCCCAGAGGUGGGACUCCCCAAAGUGUCAGAGAUGAAGCUCCCGAAGGUGCCGGAGAUGGCCGUGCCCGACGUGCAGCUCCCCGAGGUGCAGCUCCCCACAGUCCCCGAGAUGAAGCUCCCGAAGGUGCCCGAGAUGGCCGUGCCCGAUGUGCAGCUCCCCGAGGUGCAGCUCCCCACAGUCCCCGAGAUGAAGCUCCCCGAGACUGUGCUCUGUCCACUGUGCCUCCUGCAUGUCCUGCUGCCCUGA